UGGAUUCGUACUGUCAAAACGUGAUUUUCUCUCACAGUGUUAUCUUUAAUUAUCUAGAUUUUAGACCUAAUCUAGAUUAAAUAUUUAUUGUCAAAUUAUUAAAGGCUAAAUAAAUAUAGAACUUGAUUAUAAAGCUUCAGACGCGUUUUCCUUCCCUAGAUCUAUAUUAUAGACUCUACACCGCGAUUGACUGGCACUGCCACUGACCACUGGCUUGCAUGACUGCUAAGGCUACGCCGGCUACGGCUAAGACCUAACUUGACCUAAGUGUUCUAAGUCAGGCUAAGUUAGUAAGUAAGUGCAGCAGCUAAGUCAACUAAGACGUCUUAGUGACUACUCUGAAUGACUCAUUCACUGUGACCCUUGUUUAUGCAUUUUUUGUAGUAUAGGUGAAUUGACUGUUUAGCAAGUGGACAUCACACAUGAGCUAUUGCUAGACUGUCACUCCUGAGUCCAUUGUUGUACUGUGUCCAUUGUUGUACUGAGCCCAUUGUCUUGGAGCUUGAGGAAAUUAGCUUAUUUAUAAAGCAUAAAUAAAAUAUUCAAAACACUGUUAGCAGAUGGCUCAUUUAAAUUUUGCUAAGGAUAUUAAUGAAGUUGUAAGGUUGGAUGGACCCAUGCAAGGUGGACCUCUAAUGAGAUGGCAAAGAAAAGCUCAAGAAACUUCACUUAGAUCACACACGGAUAAUGGAUCUUCAUCACCUUUGAAAAUUAAACCUAGAACUCCUGGAAAAGGAUUGCCAAGUUCUUCAUGUGUCGCUGGAGCCAAAACACCAAAGUCACCAGGUGGCUGCAAGACUCCAGGAGGAAAGAGUGGUGAAAGUUUAAAUGGAAGCCGCAGUAGCAAAAAGACUAAAACACCCAGCAACAAGACACCAGGCAGACAACAGGAUAGAUUUAUUCCUUGCCGUUCAACCACAGACAUGGAGUAUGGCCACUAUGCUUUGAUGAAAAAAUGUGAGGAUGAUGUAGAAAAUGAGGCUGCCAAUGGCAAUGAAAACAAACAGGAAUACCAGGAACAAUUAAAGGAAGCAAUGGAGGUGAAGGAUUGCAAGAUUCUCAACUUCCGAACUAAAGCCCCAGCAGCUAGCAAUUCCAACAAUUUACAUGUGCUGUACAGUUGUGGUAAAGUGGGUGCCAAACAGUCCACAAGUUCAAGAUUUAUUCCCAAAGAGCCAGACCGUAUCUUAGAUGCCCCAGAGAUGCUGGAUGAUUACUACCUAAACCUAAUGGACUGGUCGCAAAACAACAUUUUAACUGUUGCAUUGGGCAAUGGGGUCUUUCUUUGGAAUGCAGACAAUGGCACUAUCACAGAAUUAAUGGAACUAUCUAUACCAGAGGAGUACAUCUCUUGUGUAUCUUGGGUCCAGGAAGGUGCCAUAUUGGCUGUUGGAUUGAGUACAGGAGUUGUUCAGCUUUGGGACACAGAUCAACAGAAACUUGUUCGUUCUAUGACUGGCCAUGCAGCCCGUGUUGGGAGUAUGUCAUGGAAUGCCCACAUUCUUUCAAGUGGUUCUCGAACUGGUGCCAUCCAUCACCAUGAUGUCCGUAUUGCUAAUCAUCAAGUGGCUUUACUGGAAAACCACACCCAGGAGGUCUGCGGGCUCAAGUGGUCACCAGAUGGCAGACAUCUGGCUAGUGGUGGCAAUGAUAAUUUGAUCAAUAUCUGGUCCAACCAGAUGUCUUCAGCACCUCCUGUAUACACACUGACAGAUCACCAAGCAGCUGUCAAAGCUAUGGCUUGGUGUCCGUGGAAACCAUAUCUUUUGGCUACCGGUGGAGGAACUGCUGACCGCCAUAUUAGAAUGUGGAACAUACAAUCUGGUGCUAGUGUUGGGGCUUAUGACACAGAAUCUCAGGUUUGCUCCAUUCUCUGGUCAAGUGAACAUAAGGAACUGAUUUCUGGACAUGGCUAUGCGCUGAAUCAUUUGAGGAUCUGGAAAUAUCCCACUAUGACUAAAGUUGUGGACCUUGUUGGUCAUAAAUCACGAGUAUUGUGCAUGGCCAUGUCACCAGAUGGAACCACAGUGGCCAGUGCUGCAGCAGAUGAAACUAUUCGACUUUGGAAAUGUUUUGCUGUGGACAAACAGGUCAAGAAAGCUGCAUCAAAGCCAGAGAAGAACUUGACCUCUGGCCUCAGCAUGUGCAUCAGAUAAAGACAAAAUCUUAUACUGGACAAUGUCAUGAAUACAUUUUGAAUGAAAAACCUGUAAAUGUAUGAGAAUCUCCUGAGACUGCUGAUCUCAUUAUCAAAACUUUGAACCUUGUGUAAUGCUGUAUUCCUGAUCUUACCGGUACUAAUGUCAUUUACUUGUACUUUUCCAAGUUCACCAUUUUCUGGUCACUUAAUAACUCAGGUAUUUAAUGCAAAUUAUGAUGUACAUAAUGACUCACUUUUUUGCUUGUAUUUUAUACUAUAAAAUUUAGUUUUUCACUUUUUUUUUUCUUACUACUUUGUGACUUAAAGCAUUUAGUUUUUCAUAACAUAAUAUUUACGUAGAGAUUUUUACUUUGUUUACACUGAUAUUUAGAAUUCAUUUUUUUUUUAUGUGAAUUAAAAAAUGAAUGAGAAUUCUAUGUGAAUUAAAAAAGUUUUUAAUGCA